AUGGGCCCAGCCGCAGCGAACAAGUGGCGUAUGGAGCUGGCCGACCUCGGUCGCGACCCACCGUCCAGCUGCAGUGCCGGUCCCACUGGCGACAACAUGUUCCAGAGCGACUCGCCGUACUCGGGCGGUGUAUUCUUCCUGUCGAUCACCUUCCCUACGGACUACCCCUUCAAGCCCCCGAAGGUGUCCUUCUCGACCAAAAUCUACCACCCGAACAUCAAUGCCAAUGGCAGUAUUUGCCUGGAUAUCCUGAGGGACCAAUGGAGCCCGGCGCUGACCAUUUCUAAGGACCCCAACCCGGAUGACCCGCUCGUGCCGGACAUUGCGCACCUGUACAAGACGGACCGUGCGGCGUACGAAAACACAGCCCGCGAGUGGACCAGGAAGUAA